CUAUAAAUACCUCUGUUGAGUUACUGCUCAUACACACAUCAGAAUUGCAAUCUUUCUUAUUAUUAAAAUUUCUAUCCUUUUUUACACAUUCAAAGAGACUAUGGCUCGCUCCUUGUGUUUCAUGGCAUUUGCUAUCUUGGCAAUGAUGCUCUUUGUUGCUUAUGAGGUGCAAGCUAGAGAAUGCAAAGCAGAAAGCAUCACCUUCUCUGGAUUAUGCGUUUCCAAACCACCAUGCAGAAAAGCUUGUAUCUGUGAGGGAUUUACUAAUGGUCAUUGUAGCAAAAUCCUCAGAAGGUGCCUAUGCACUACGCCAAGUGUAUUUGAUGAGAAGAUGAUCAAAACAGGAGCUGAAACUUUGGGUGAGGAAGCAAAAACUUUGGCUGCAACUUUGCUUGAAGAAGAGAUAAUGGAUAACUAAUUAGAGAUUAGAAGAAAUUAAAGAUGCAGUGUCACACGUAAUGAAGUGCUGCCUUUCUUAAAAGUGUAGUUAAUGUUGUGUUCUAAUUCGCUUUUAGUAGC